AUGUUGGAUCCUCGCUACCUUGGAAAGGGUAUGGAUGAAGAAACGCGGGGAAGUGUCAAAUACUUCAUCGGAAUGUGGCACGGGGUCGAUCGGGAGAACGACACGAUGGUAGAGCUCGUGAAGUUCCUUGGCGGCUCGCGCGACACUUCUGUGGAAGCGCGACUCAUUGCGGAAAAACAGUUGACUGUGCGCCAAUACUGCGCGGCAGCGGAGCGCAAUUGGUCAGCGCACAAGUUCGUGCACUCCCAAGUUCGGAACCGCCUUAGGAACGCCUCUGUCGAGAACUUGGUGUUCCUCUUUUUCAACGCAAAGAAUUUCGACGAUGACGACAUGGCUUUCUACGAUAUGCUCGAAGACAUGGCGGCAAACAGCAGUGAUGAGGAGAAUAGCAACGAAGACAGUGACUGCGAAUACUACUGA